GACGCUGGGCUGACCGAAAGUCGCGAAGGGCCAGUGCUCGUCUCACAGAGGAGUCGGGUUGGAGCACACACUAUUCUCGAGUUUUUAAUUCAAUAUUUGUGGUUUUAAUUUGCUCCGCGGCGCUUUUGAAAAGCCCGAAACACUUCUAAGCCGUUUAACCUUGAAGUGGUUUUAUGUAAGUCGUCUUUUUAACUCUCUGAGCCCUGAAUUGCUGGGUUGACCCUCGACAUGGAUAUUAGCUAGCUUUGCUAACGUUAGUAACCAAGAAACCGAAAUAACGGCGCAUCAGAGGGUCAGUGUCAGAGUUUUAUCGCUUGAAACGUAGUUUAUGUGCCUUGAGUCGAGCUCUCUGAGGCAAAUCUUCGCCUUGGGUGUUGCCAAAGAAAGAUUGAAGUUCGGGAGAAGUAACAGUUAGCUAGUUGUUGAAGUUAAGGAAGAAAAGAGGUGGGAGAUGUUGACUAACGCCAACAGUCCGCCGAAGUUUCCAAACCAGCAGCAGCAGCAACAACAGAAUCCAGCCCAAUUCAUGAUGGGAAAAACCUCACUUCAGAUCAAGAAAAAUGCCAUAACUGACGACUACAAGGUCACUAGUCAGGUCCUAGGGCUGGGCAUCAAUGGCAAGGUUCUGGAGAUCUUUCACAAGAGGAGUUCGGAGAAGUAUGCUUUAAAGAUGCUUCACGACUGUCCCAAAGCUAGACGAGAGGUGGAGCUGCACUGGCGGGCAUCCUCAUGUACCCAUAUCGUCAGGAUUGUUGACGUCUAUGAAAAUCUCUACCAGAACAGGAAGUGCCUUCUUAUUGUAAUGGAGUGCAUGGAUGGUGGUGAGCUGUUCAGUCGGAUUCAGGACCGAGGGGACCAGGCAUUCACUGAGAGAGAGGCUUCUGAUAUCAUGAAGAGUAUAGGAGAGGCCAUUCAGUAUUUACAUGCAAUAAACAUUGCACACCGAGACGUCAAGCCAGAGAACCUCUUAUAUACCUCUAAAAGACCCAACGCCCUUCUUAAACUGACAGACUUCGGCUUUGCAAAAGAGACAACCUCACACAAUUCUCUGGCCACCCCUUGCUAUACUCCUUAUUAUGUUGCCCCAGAGGUUCUUGGUCCAGAAAAGUAUGACAAGUCCUGUGACAUGUGGUCUUUGGGUGUCAUCAUGUAUAUUCUGCUCUGUGGUUAUCCACCUUUCUAUUCCAACCAUGGAUUGGCUAUAUCCCCUGGUAUGAAAAAACGAAUCCGCAUGGGGCAAUAUGAGUUUCCAAAUCCUGAAUGGUCGGACGUUUCAGAGGAAGCCAAGCAGCUCAUCAGAACAUUACUGAAAACUGAGCCGACACAAAGGAUGACCAUCACAGAGUUUAUGAACAACCCCUGGAUCAAUCAAUCAAUGGAGGUGCCACAGACGCCCCUACACACCAGCCGUGUUUUGAAAGAAGAGAAAGACACAUGGGAGGAAGUCAAGGAAGAAAUGACUAGUGCCUUGGCAACAAUGAGAGUCGACUAUGAGCAGGUCAAAAUCAAGAGGAUUGAAGACUCUUCCAAUCCACUGCUGAUGAAGAGGAGAAAGAAAACCAACAAUACAGCUGCUGAAAACUAGACGCCCGCUUGCUAAGGACACAUUCACUCUGUUGCACAUGCGCAUACAUUUUACACCCAUACAUCAGGUUAAAAGUUUGAAUUAAGGAAGCAAUAACUCCACAAAAAAGUGAAAGCAAGUUUUUUUUUUUUUUUUUUUUUUUUAAUCACUCAAUAUCUUUAACUAACCACUUUGCUACCAAAAGAAAGGAUCUGCACCAUUAUGACACAAGACGUCCAGUUAUUUGCUCCAGUGUUCCCAAGUACUGUUCUUCACAGGGUGUUUAGUGGGGUAAUCAGAAUGCUAAGUUAGAUACCAUUAGCAUUUUAUUUUUCCAUUUCCUUUUUAUUUUAAUCCAAAGCCAUUAGUAAAUGAGUUCAUGAGUUAUACUUAACACCGUUUUAAUGCUAGCUUUCCUGUUUGUUCUUCAUUAUAUUUGUCAUUUAUUUCUGCACUUGAAUGCUUUUACAGUAAAAGACCGUACUGGUGUCCAGAGGAAAAUGUAUUUUUGAAAAGACUCUGAAUGUAGAGGCACUCUGUUCUUUACUGUGGAAAUGUAUGUGAGUAUUGUUCAGGGUCACGUCAAGUAAAAUACAAGAUCUUUGUUUGAGCUUUAGAUCCUAACCCUAACCCUGGUCUUAAGAUUGAGAGCAAAACCUCAUAUUGCCCUGCUUUCACAUUGGUUUUGGAUUAGGUUUACCAUGGGAAGCCAAUCCAACGCAUUGUUUCGGCCCUCUGCUUGCUGAAUGAUACUCUUUACACAUCUUUUUUGAUUUGCCUUGAAUCGAUUCUAUGCAUAUUUGUUUCCAACUAGCUUUUCCCUCAGAGAUUUGUAAAGAAUGGUAACCCAUGCUCUGGCAUUUCAUUUUACAUAUACCUGCUAAAAAAAACAUUAGAUAUAUUCUGCUGCUUUUUAAUCCACCACCUUGAACCGCAAGACCUGCUUGUAUUCUAAGUAUAUAAUGAAUGAAUUAUGAAAUGGAUUCUUUGUGAUGGUUCUACAUGCGUUAGCAGUUGACUGUAUUCUUAUGCCAGUGCAUUUUUUUUGUUUGUGUUGUGUUUUCUAUACAUACCAUGCAGUAAGUGUUUGAAUGUACCUGUUGAGAGCAGUUUAUAGGUACCAGGUGUUUGAUAAAGGAACAAAGAAAUGCCCCCUUUGACCUAAGGCCUUGUGUUCUGAAAAUGUUUAAGGGAAAUUGGGAAUACUCAUCCAGCAGACGGAUUUUUGGCUGCACUGAUUGACAUAUGCUGAAAGGUUGAAUUUUGUUUUAUUUUUCUAUAUAGUUUUUUAAAGCUUCAUAUUUGUUGUGUGAUUGAUCCUCUUUUUAAGGAAGUGAUUUAAUGCUCACAGAGUUGAACAUGCAAUGUCAGUAUACUCCCAAGCCGCAGAUAUCGGCUAAAUGAUUUCAGUGCAGUUUCUGCUGUUUCUUUGAUAUUACCCCUUUGUGGGAUCUUUUCCAUGCAUUAUACAUAUAUUUCUCGAAGCAAAGAUUACAAUAUUCACCAAGUUGGAAAACCAAUUAGAAAUCCCACAGAAUUUUAUACUAACGGGGGAAGGCAGAUGCUAGUUAGUAUUUAACUGCUGUACUUAUUUCUUGGUCCGCUACAACUUUGGAUUAAAACGCCUAAAACCCAAUUUUCUGUGUCUUAUUUAAACUUGUACAAUUAUGUUAAGACCACCAUUUUUAGUAUGAACAAUUUCAGACCUGUGUUUGUGGAAUGUGUUAAUUUUCUCACACUGACUUGUCAAAUACCUCUCUUUCACUUUCUGAAAUUGGUGAUACGUGUAUAUAAUGUAAUUCAGUUCUCUUCGUCUCAAACCAAGUAAUAAAAUGCAGCUUUAUCAUGAGA